AUGCACUUUCCUUUGACCUUGGAAUAUCCAUUGAUGUUUUAUUCUGAAGUAUCAGAAAAUUAAGGACUAUGGCUUGAAACAUAACAAUUAGUUAUAAGAAUACCUCGUAGUUGGGAUCUAGAUGGAAAUGUAAAUGACUAUAAAAUUCUUGGAAUGGGAUUAGCAUCUUAAGAAUUCCGUGAAAGUGAACUCAAUACUGUUCAAUAUAUUGUGGCUGAUCAUACAACAGAUUUACACUACUGUGCCAAAUUUUAUAAUUUUACUAAAAAACCUUUCCUUCUUGAAAAUCCUCGAUUCAAAACCAAAGCAUAUGAAUAUAUCUUUUUUAAAAGAAAAGAUUCCUCAGAUAAUCUUUUGUUAGACAUUAUUGGACUAUCCAAAAGAGAAAGUGAUCUUGAUCGCAAAAUGAGCUUUAUCCUACAAUAAUUACUCUUUGAAUCUAGAUAUUCAGAAAUUGGAAUCAAAAAAUAAGUUGAAGAUGCUAUUGAAAAUAUAUUUUAUAAAUCUCUCAAGAAAAUGAUUCUACUCUUAGGAAGAAAACAUCAUAUAGAAUAUGAAUCCAUGUAUGAAUUAACUAGAAAAGUAGUUUAGUGGAACAAUUACACAUUACAACCAGAUGAAAUUGCUUCUAUUGUCUACAAAACUUUUAUUAGUUAAAGUCUCUUCCCUUUUUAUUGUGAAAUCAACACUAUGAAUGAUAGCUAUAUCAAAUUAAAAUUACUUAGCCUAAUCACUAAUUCUGAAAUAUUGCCUUGGUCUCCUAAAUUCCAUGCAUCUCUAGGUAUGCCUCAUCCAAUAUUAUAAAAGCUCUCGGGAACUAUCAUUACAGCUUUACUCCCAAUGACCUUUUUAAUUUAAGAACACUUAACACUCGUACAUUUCAUUAAGGAUUUCAUUAUAUUCGACUUAGAAUCUUAGAUUUCUUUCCCUUAGAUUCAUGGGUUGAAGAAGUUUCUAAAUUCUUUAUCUAAAAUCUAGAUACUAUGCUAUGCUAUAUUUAAACCAAGAUGCCCAACUAUUAAAGUUAAUCAUCCAUAAAAAAAUAAAAUUAUGAUUUCUAAUCUCAUUCCAAUAGUUCUAUAUUAGAUAUCAAAGAACCUUUAAUUAAAGAAGAACAAAAAGAAACUGAAUUGAUUUAAGAACAAAUUAAUAAAAUUUCAUCAAGUUUUAAUGGUCUAACUAACUGUUCAGAAUAAUUCAAAUUAUUACUUAAAACUGCAAUUAAGAAAAUUGAAAAUAUUCGUGAAGUUUAUGGAAUUGUAAUUCAUACUCCAUAGAUUAUUGAAUUAAAAAAUCGUAUUGCUAAUCAAUUUUACAAAAACUAUUCUUCUGAAAUUAACAGAAAUGGUAUUCUUGGUUAAUUUUGCUCUAUUAUCAUUGAAACAGAAUUAAGAAGUUAUUAAACAUGCGCUAAUAAUUGUUAGACUCCUGUAGCUGCUUUCAUAUAUCUUUUGUGUGAUACCUUCAGACCUUUUUCAGAAAUGCUAUGUGAAAAGACUAGUUUCCUUAGAUCUCUUUAAUAAUGUGGAUUUAAUAUCCUCAAUCAUAAAUAAAAUUCAUCUGCUUCAAAGAGUAGCUUUAUAGAUACAGAUAAUAAAUUAUUUUCUUAAUAUUUGGAUACUUAUUGUAAAUAUGCAUCCAAUCAAGAAUUUUAAUUGCUUGGAGAAUUAUUUAUUCAACCAGCAGUAUUGGAUUGUAGUUUAGAUUACUUUGGUUUUUAUAGUGAUGAACUAUCUGCGAAAUUUUUAAAGUGUAUCUAAAAAAUAGAUUUUGAACCUGAAUAAUUUUAAUAAAUUGAAAGAAAAAAUCGUCCUUAUCGUUUUUCCAAUUCAUAUAUUUUUAAUGAUUCUGAGGCUAGGGAUUUUGUUGAUGCAUUUGAUAAUUGUUCUAGAAGUACCAUUUACGCUUAAAAAUAAAAAGAAGUAACUUUAAUUGAAUACUUGUAAUAAUUUUUACACAACAAUCCUAAAUAAUAUACAAAAUCUAAAUUUAAUUUACAUUAUCUGCUUUAGUUUUUCUAGAAUUAGUUAAUUAAAUUGAAAUAAGAAGGGUUAAAAUAGGUGAAAACAAAACAUCGAAUUCAAGAUUACUUAGAAACAGUGUAUUAUUUCUACUUCAAUUCUAUUCGGUUAUAAAUAAAAUAAAAGCAAAGAGAAAAUACAUUAAGUUUAAUUGGAUUUGUUAUUGCUAAGGAUCUAAAUUAGCUUCAUUUAACCUAGCCUUAAAACAUAUAACUUCAAAUAUGA